CCACCAGCUAGCACAGUUUACAGAGAGCAACAAACAAAGGAACCACAAAAUUUAUGUAAUGCAGCUUUAGAUCAAUCUCUCACUUUCUCUCUCUGUCUUUCUCUUCCAUGGAAUGAUAGAUUUCAGGUAAAGGGGUUGCACAUUGGUCAGGUCCUGGUCUUACAAUGGGGAAAUCACCAGGAAAAUGGAUCAAAACUGUACUUUUCGGGAAAAAGUCAUCCAAAUCAAAUAUUUCAAAAGGAAGAGAGAAGCUUGUUAACCAAAAAGAAGGAGUAAUUACUUCCAAUGUGUCUGAAACUGGUUUGGCUUUAGAACCAACCUCCAAUACUAUUGCCAGACACGAGGAAGACCUAGAGCUGGAUAAUAAAGAAGCAGAAAAUGGUUUACCUGAAAAUCAAGAAAUAAACAUAGUGGGAUCUGUUCAUCAAGAUGCAGCACUUGAUCCAGAGAAAAUUCAGCUGGAGGAAGCAGCAACAAAGGCACAGGCUGCUUUCAGGGGUUAUUUGGCUCGGAGAGCAUUUAGGGCCCUAAGAGGCAUAAUAAGGUUGCAAGCACUCAUUCGUGGGCACUUGGUUAGGAGGCAAGCUGUUGCUACAUUAUGCUCUAUCUAUUGUAUUGUGAAGUUUCAAGCACUCGUUCGGGGAGGAAGAGUUAGACAAUCUAAUGUUGGAUUUGAAAUCCAUGUGAAGUGCAAUAUAUUGAAGCCUCUGGAUGCCAAACUUCUCAAGCCAAUUUCUAUAUCCACUAAAAUAAUGAAGCUGUCAGCAAAUGCUUUCAUUCGCAAGCUUCUUACUUCAUCAACUACAAUAAUGGCAUUGCGGUUGCAAUAUGUUCCUGGUGAUCCAAAUUCUGUCCUAAGUUGGUUGGAGCGCUGGUCAGUGUCUCGCUUUUGGAAACCAGUUCCUCAACCCAAGAAAAUUCGGGAUAUGAAGUCUCAGAGAAAGCAUGGUAAUGUCUCAAUUGGAGAUACUCAAAUGAGCAAGUCAAAACGUACCCACAGGAAGCCUGCUACUGCAAGUCUUGACUCAGUCCCAGCGCAAGCAAAUCCUGAAUUGGAGAAACCAAAACGAAGUGUAAGGAAAAUUCCAAGCCAACCCUCUGAUCCUGUGCAAGAAAAUCCACAAAGUGAGCUUGAAAAGGUUAAGCGUAACUUGAGAAAGGUUCAUAACCCAGUUGUUGAGAAUGCUGUUCAGCCAGAAGUUGAAGCUGAGAUGCCGAAGCAGAAUAUUGAAAAGGCAACAGUUACCUCAGGCCUUACUAUUUCAGAACAAGAGGUCAUUAGUUCUAAUGAAAAGAGCAAGAAGGAAGCAACAUUAACCAUUUGCAGUGUGCCAGAUAUAGAAAUUACUCCUAGACCUUCAGUUAGUAAGGAGGUGUCUGACACCCCAAGCAGUUAUCAAGUGACUGUGGAAUCGAAACCCUUGACAGAGAUUACAAGUAAGGAUAAAAACAUUUCUGAUGAGGUGAAAAAUGAGUCCAUAGAUAUACCAGAGCCUACUUGUAAAGAUGAAAAUUCCCACUUAACAAAUGGAGAUUUGAGUCACAAGGAAGAUCCAAUAGGCAGUGAAAACCAGAAACCAAACCGAAAAACCUCAGUUGUAGCAAAGCAGGAACGUGCAGAGAAUGGUUUACAGAAUAGUCCAACAUUACCGAGUUAUAUGGCAGCAACUGAAUCUGCGAAGGCAAAGUUGAGGGCACAAGGAUCCCCGAGAUUUGGACAAGACGGAAGUGAACGAACCAACCAUACACGACGGCAUUCUCUGCCAUCUUCAACUAACAGCAAAAUUAGUUCGCAUUCACCUAGGACACAGAGACCCGUUCAAGCAAGUGGCAAAGGGGGCCAGAAGAGUGACAGAGCUGUGUCAUCUUCUAAAGAUGGGAAUGGAAAGGUCAUUCAAGCAGAGUGGAGGAGGUAAUUUGAGGAAGACUAGUGUUCGGGAGUUGAGGAUGAGGAGGUUGGAAGUCGUGUGGUUUAUAUGUUUCUUUGAUGAAAAUUGUUGAAUUGAUAGGAGGUGUGCUUGAUCAGGUUUUUUCUUCAUUUGCUGCAUUUUGGGCUUUGAAGGGUGAUUUGUACAUUAUAGGUUUCUAGUCUUGCAUGCUGCAACUAUACCCAAGUUUAAUCGUGUUUGUUUUCGGCAUAAUUUCUAGGCUGUCCAUAUUGUGUUUUUUCCCCAUCGUGUGUAUGAUCACUGACACCACCUUCGCACGCUUUACAAAAAAGUUGUGUGUUUCGACCUGUAAUGUGGUCUGGCAACGUGAACAUGCUCAUGCGAGACUUCUAUUAAAAAGAGGAUAUUUAUUAUACUUUUAUAUUCUCUAAUAAAUGUUUUUUUAAUAAAAUAUGCCACCUUUUU